ACCCCAAAAAUUGAAUCCAACGCCUAAACCCUGAAAGCGUUAAACCCUAAACCCCAGAAGCAAAACCCGCCUUCGUUCUUCGCUCUUCAAAUUUCUAUCUGAAGUAUCUGAUUGUAUAAUCCAGAGCUUCAACAAGAGGAAUUGAGAGUUCACAUGUUUGGGUAAGCAAAUGGCUCUGAGAUAUCGGCGUUUGAGAGAAAUCUCAAGACUUUUGCCGCAAAUUCACUCCGGUGAUUGUUAUAUACAAUGUAGAUCGGCCACAAAAUUAGCAGCAUUGUCCAUCAUUCCUCGAGUAUAUUCUUGGGAGAGAAAUGGUACGAGGAUGCCACAGAGUAGGUUCUCAACCACUUCAGAAGUUUCAUACAACUCUACCCAGGAGCUUGAUCUUUUGUCCUUCAUUAAAUCGUCAUUGGAUGAGCGUGAAGGCCCAUCCCAUUGUUGGUUGAAUAGGUCCAAAGGUAACAGAGAUUUCCUUGGAAGAGAUGGAACUUUCUUGGUUCUUGCUGGGCGGUGUGAAACUUUCUUAACAACUUGUGAAUCUGUUAUGAUGUUAGAAAAAGUGAAGUCACUUCAACAGAGGUAUCCUCAGCUCCAUGUCAUGGGUUUUCUGUCAGGCAGUUCAGUUAGUUUAGCUGCUGAUCGAAGCCACCUAAUCCAAUAUGUAAUGAAGGAAUAUGUCACUUUUCCUGUCAUAUUGUCUAACAGGACCUUCCCUGAGAUGGACAAUGGGGCCUGCUACAUUUUAUUCAAAGAUUUUGAAAGUCCAGUGUUUUACCAUGAGAAGGACCUUGAUCUCAGAAUUCUUAACAAAGCCGUUGAGGAAUUUCAUGUGCAAGAUGAUGGGAGAGCCAGGUCCAGAGAUAACUUGAAAAGCACUUGGGUGAAGCAAUUUGAGAUUAUCAAGGAGCCAUAUGUCUAUGCUUUGAGGAAUUUACUCCUUAACUUCCCAGGGUGUGUCUCUGCAGAUGAAAGUGGGAACCGUCUCUUCCUUUCUGACAGCAGCCACCAUCGGAUUAUUGUAUUUGAUGGAAACGGAAAGAUUCUGGACUGUAUUGGUUCCUCCCCAGGUUUCGAGGAUGGAAACUUUGAAUCUGCCAAGAUGGUGCGCCCUGCAUCCUCACUUUAUGAUGCUGCUGAGGAUUCCCUAUAUUUCGUUGAUUCAGAGAAUCAUGCCAUCAGGAAAGCUGAUUUGGGUAAGCGGGUACUAGAAACUGUUUAUCCGAAUUAUGACGCCAGUAAGAAAAGUAACUCAAUUUGGACCAGAAUCAUGAUCAAGCUGGGUUUGAGAAGCAAUGAUAAGCGGCCUGAAGAAUUUGAUAUACAAGCACUAAUGUUUCCUUGGCACCUGAUGAAAUCCAGUGAAGAUAGUUUUUUCAUUAUAAACCGAAGCUUUGAAACUUUAUGGAUCCUAAAUUUGGCUUCAGGAGAGAUAGAACAAGUUGUCAAAGGGUUCCCAAAGAUUUUGGAUGUCUGUGGGCCGCAGAUCAUGGAGAAAGUAUCCCUGUUGAAGCAGAUGCCACAUGAUUGGUUGCGACAGCAGACUAAUGCUGUCUGUUCACCAAAGAGGCUUCCAUAUGCUAGUCUUAUAUCUUCAUUGACGACCUUGCAGAAUCACGUGAUCCUUUGUGACAUGGUUGGACAGCAGAUUUUGAAACUAAGUGAAGAAGCUGGAGUAUGUUCGGCGUUCCAAUUUUCGAAUUUUGGAAUCCUUGGAUUGCCAUAUUGGCUGGCUUCCUCCUUGGAGAGAGUUUGUACAGUGGUUGGUGGGCAUCAAGAAGAGAUUGAUCAUCAGGAAUGUUUCAGUUUGUUACCAGGUAGAAUUGGUAUACAAUUAAAUGUUGAAAUCCCUGUGGGUACUGAGCUUGUAGAACAGUUACAAGAGGGGUGUAUAUGGCGCCAGGCAAGGGGUGCUGCCACUGAAGUGUUAGGGGCAGAGGAUGCAGGAGGAUCUUCAGAGAAGGUUGGUGCUGCCCAACAAUGGUAUGAUGAAUUGGAUAAUCUUGCCUUUUCACUAUCGACACCUGAAUCAGAGUUAAAUGUUGAAGAUGAUCGUACAACUUCAGAUAUAGGAUUUCAAGAUGCGAGAGUUCACAUUGAUUGUGCUGUCAAUACAAGUCCUGGUACAAGUGAGGUCAUUGUUUAUGCAGCAUUGUAUUUAAAACUUAGAAAGCAAGAAUUAUUAGAGGCUGAUCAGGAGAAAUGUGCAGCAAGGAUAGCAGAUAUUUUGAACUCGGAGAGAAGUGGAAAGAUGGGAAGAGAUUCAUUCAUCCAAUUCUUGUUAAACUCAAACAGAGAUUUGAGAGACCUCAUCUUCAUGAAACCUCUCCAUGUGAGGGUGAAAUUGGAUUGCCUUGAUCACCCAAAGGCAGCUAAUGGAAAAGACAUUAUCUUAACAGACUCCAACAUUGAGGUCAAUGUAUUACUCAGCUCAUAAUAUUUGAUUCAUUGUGGCAUUAUUACGUAUUGUUCUUUUAUUCUUUACAAUUUGAUUGCGUUGUAACCAGUAUCCAUGAUAAUGUAAUUGUACCUGCAAAUGGUAUCUUAGAUACUACCUUUGGAAUUUAUUUUGAAAUAUCAAGCAAGGGUGCCUUUGGUAGUUUGUACAGAGGGUGAUAUUUUAU